GCCUGCGCCGAGGCGCGGGCGGCGCGCGCGGCCGAGGCCCGGCUGCACGAGGAGCUGGAGCCCAAGCUGGCCGCGGCCCGGCAGACGACCCAGCAGCUGGCGGCGGAGAGGCGCGCCCUUCUGCGCGACAUCCGGGCGGCCCAGGAGCGCCUGGGCCGGGAGGCCACGGCCGAGCAGGCCGCGGAGGCGGAAGAGGCGCUGCGCAUGGCCAGGCGCAAGCGUCGCGAGCACGUCAAACAGCAGGGCGCAGGGUACAAGAUGUACUGCGCUGGGCGGGUCAAAGACGGCUGUGGUGGGAUGCACAAGGGCUCGUGUUUCCUUCGCAAUGUUGAGCCCAAGGUCCCGUCGGUACGCAAAGCCAAGCCAGAGCGCCGUCCUCCAUGGGCGACGCCAUCGGACACGGCCAAGCUGCCCGCUCGGCUGCAGGCAGAGGUCGCAGAGCUCCGCAAGCAGAAUGCCCAGAAGCUGCCUGGUGGAGCGCAACCUGGGGUGCAGCUUACGGAGCAGGGCAAGUCGGAGGACGACGAGGACGCGAAGAUUAUGGUGCAGGUCGCGGCUCACGAGGGCAUCCACGCAGCGUGCGUCGGCGUGCCAGGCAUGGAGCUGAUGGCGACCGACGCGCUGGCGGCAAAGGGUGCUUUGCUGGAGAAGCGACGUUCUAAGCAACCGUUGUGUGCGCAGAUUCGGCAGUUGUCCACGAAGCUGCAGAAUGAGACUUCGAAGUUGGAGAAGCUGGAGAAGGCUGCAGCUGCUAAGGCGGCUGAGCUCUCGCAAUUGCAGAAGGAUGCGGCAGAGGCGGAGUCGAAGGCAGCGGCCCAGCGGGUUGUCAUCGUGGAGCUUGAAGGCCAGCUGCAGCAGCUGGGCAACUCGGCUCCACAGCCUCCUGAUGGGGCCAAGCCUGUUGCUGGUGGGCAGCUCGACACGUCGGUGCUGGAUGCGUUGCUGGAGGCGGCGGGCGUCCACGGAGAAUUGCUCGUCGCGGUCAAGGCCAACCCGUUGGUGGAGAAGCUGGUGGCACCUGUGCAAGCGCCUAGUGGAGGUGGGGGUGCCGCUGUACCUGAUGGCGAACCGUCCCAGAAGAGGCCGAAGUUCACGGAGCCUGACUUCGAUGGGAUGGACGAGGACAAGCUGCGGGACGGUUUAUCAGCAGUCGGAUUCGUCGGAGAGCUACCGUCCGAGGUUGAAGAGUUGCGGGCGAUGGCCAAGAAAGCCUUCAGUGGGGCGAAGGCCUGGAGCCCGUACUAA